CCUCUGUCUGUAUUAUUGUUUUUCGUAGUGUCGUUGUUGAUCAUUAUUUGUUUAUCGUGUUCACAGUACACUUCUGUAAAUAAAAAAAUCACCACCACCCACAUACAUGUCUCAAGCAAAACGCCCUCCACGAACAACUACCAGGAGUAGCGUGUUCUUGUCUAUAGUACUAAAAUUGCUGUAUAUUGUGAAGCGAAGUAGCAAGUAACAGAAAUUUCGCUGGCUAUUUCUCCUUUGAAGAGUUGUUUCUUCUUUAAUUACAUUUUUAAAAAUUGAAGAAGUUUGAAAUCGAAGGCUCGAAAAUCUUUGCAUUCUUCAGUCGAUCAUCAAAAGAUUGUGUUCCUUCGAAGCUGUUGGUGUUUUUGUUAGUCGCGAAGUAUCUGGGCGCCUUUAAGUUGAGAUAUUUGUCUUCUUAAAGUUUGUUUUUUUUUCUUUUUUUAAAAAAACUUUUUUUUGCCCCAUCGUUGACUCGACGCUGAACAGCGUGUAUGCUAUUGGAAAGUCACCGGUUUAUUCUUUGAGUAAUUUCUUGAAGUAAGCAAACUUUUCCUACUUAUUUAGAAAAUUGAUUGAGAAGGUAUAUAUUAAGUUUUCCUUCACUUUCACACAUAUCGACCAUUUUCGAAAGUCCCAAGGGAAUACGAAUAUCGGUCAAUUAAUUUCUGGUGCCAAUUGAUUUAAUUUGGCAAAUUCUUUCCCUUUUUUAUUACCUGUUCUUUCUAUACAGCAGAGUACUUUGUCCUUGUCGACUUACGUUUGCUGAACUCUUUCUUGUAUACAUUUGUUUUUAUAUUCCAGUUUAUUCACAAGCCUAAUAUCAGUUUACACAAAAUGGACGGCAAAAGAAAGAUAGAUCACUCCGAAAACGGUCAUUACGAGGACCUACCUUAUGACACCAAGCGCAAACCUGUGUUUCCACCAUUCAUUGCAGACUCUCUCUCAGAAGCCUCAGAAAGAGCGAAUGAGUCAGGUGGCGACAUCAAUGCCCGUCUUCAAAUUUUGUCAGAAAUGUCAAAGCGCGUUCAGUCUACGACCCCUCUUCCCAAUCUUGAAGUUUACAAACAAACUGGCAGCAUUGCCCCGGGUCUAGCUGCUCCCGGUAUACCGACAGCUGAAAGCUUCCUCCCUCAAUCUUUUCCUGGAACAGUUCCUCCUGUUCCCUCUGUAAACCCUUAUGCCCCUCCCUUUACCAAUUCACAAAAUCCCUAUGGAGAAAUGCCUAAUUUCUUGGAUGCUCAAAGUUUUAAUAUGCAACCACCAUACCCAGGGAUGGUUGGUACUAUGCCUUCCUAUGUAGACGAAGAAGAAGACGCUAGUGAUUCCUUGCCUCUUUCUCUUUCUUCCCAAUCUCUCGUUUCACAGGUUCCACCCCCUAGAACAUCGGCUCAUCGUCCCACAAUGCGUGAACGGUACGCUGCCAGCAGUAAUGUGUCCAACGGGCUUCAGUUUACUUUACCCAUCUCUUCUCGCAAAACCUAUGAACCUGAAGCCGAUGAUGACAGUAACGAUGAUAUGUAUUCGGACGAUGAAUCUAAUGCCGAUCGCUGGGCAUCACGCAUUGAUACCGCAGCCUUAAAGGAAGAAGUUCUUAAAUACAUUAACCGCUGUCCCACACAAGAUCUUGCAGAUAUGACGGGUUGUACGUUAGCCGAGUCUGAAUUUAUGGUCGCCAAAAGACCGUUUGCCGAUCUUGAAUCUGCUUUGAUUGUCAAGCAGCCUCGGCCCGUCAUUCCCAAGGGACGACGUGGUAGAAGGGAGAAAACCCCGUUGGGUCCUCGUCUCGUUGGUAUUUGUAUGGAAAUUAUGCGUGGUUACUUUGUGGUUGAUGCUUUGAUUCGUCAAUGUGAACAGUUGGGUGGAAAAAUUCAACGUGGAGUCGAAAACUGGGGCUUACCAAGUUCGGCAACAAUUGAAGAAGGAGAAACUUCUCUUGUUAGCUUUGAUCAAAUGAAAAACAUUGGUACUCCCUCGAAUGCUCAUUUCAUAACAGAACCUCCUGCAUCCUUUUCACAAGAGGUUAGUCUACAAGACUAUCAAAUUAUCGGUAUCAAUUGGUUGUAUUUGCUUUACGAACUCAAGUUGGCAGGUAUAUUGGCAGACGAAAUGGGUCUUGGAAAAACAUGUCAAACAAUUGCCUUUUUUGCCCUGUUGAUGGAUAAGAAUGUGAAUGGUCCUCACUUGGUCAUUGCACCUGCGUCUACCAUGGAAAAUUGGUUGCGUGAGUUUGCCAAGUUUUGUCCGAAACUGAAAAUUGAAUUGUAUUACGGAUCUCAAGUGGAGCGUGAGGAGAUUCGGGAACGCAUCAACUCCAACAAAGAUUCAUAUAAUGUUAUGUUAACCACGUAUCGUUUAGCCGCUACUAGUAAGGCAGAUCGGUUAUUUUUGCGGAAUCAAAAAUUCAAUGUCUGUAUUUAUGAUGAAGGGCAUUAUCUGAAGAACCGUGCUUCCGAACGGUAUCGUCACCUAAUGAGUAUUCCAGCGGAUUUCCGUGUUUUAUUAACUGGUACUCCUCUUCAGAAUAAUUUGAAAGAGUUAAUUUCCCUGUUGGCAUUUAUUCUUCCUCAUGUGUUUGACUACGGUUUGAAGAGUUUGGAUGUUAUUUUCACGAUGAAGAAGUCACCGGAGAGUGAUUUUGAAAGAGCUUUGCUUUCGGAACAGCGAGUUUCUCGAGCCAAAAUGAUGAUGGCUCCAUUUGUAUUGCGUCGUAAAAAGAGCCAAGUGCUGGACGCGUUGCCAAAGAAAACACGUAUUAUAGAGUUUUGUGAAUUCUCGGAAGAAGAGAAGAAGAGAUAUGAAGAGUUUGCAAACAAGCAGAGCGUCAACAAUCUGUUAGAUGAGAAUGUGAUGAAAACGAAUUUGGAUACAAAUGCGAAUUUGGCCAAGAAAAAGAGCACAGCAGGAUUUGUUUUGGUUCAACUGCGAAAACUUGCAGAUCAUCCAAUGUUGUUUCGAAUUCGGUACAACGAUGAGGUACUUCGAAAAAUGGCCAAGGAGAUUAUGAAUGAACCACAAUACAAAAAGGCGAAUGAAAACUAUAUAUUUGAAGACAUGCAAUACAUGUCUGAUAUAGAAUUACACAAUUUGUGCGGAAAGUUUCCUACGAUUCAACCAUUCCAGCUGAAGAACGAGCCUUGGAUGGAUGCUACCAAAGUUAGGAAGUUAAAGACAAUUUUGGAGAAUGCUAUUGCCAAGGGCGAUCGGAUUGUAUUGUUUAGUCAAUUUACACAAGUUCUUGACAUUUUACAAUUGGUGAUGAAGAGCAUGAAUUUGAAAUUUUUAAGAUUUGACGGAUCUACGCAAGUUGAUUUUCGACAAGACUUGAUUGAUCAAUUUUAUGCGGAUGAGAGUAUCAAUGUAUUCUUGCUGUCUACAAAAGCAGGAGGAUUUGGUAUUAACUUGGCAUGUGCAAAUAUGGUGAUUUUGUAUGAUGUAUCGUUUAAUCCAUUUGAUGACUUGCAAGCAGAAGAUCGGGCACAUCGAGUUGGACAAAAGAAGGAGGUGACGGUGAUUAAAUUUGUUGUGAAGGAUACGAUUGAAGAACAUAUUCAACGAUUGGCGAAUGCCAAGAUUGCUUUGGAUGCCACGCUUUCAGAAAAGACAGGCGAAAAAGCAGAAUCCGAAGAAACCGAUUAAAAAGAAAAAGGAAAAGAAAGAAAAGGUCAAUUUUAUUUAAAAAAAAAAAAGGAAAAACAAAAAAAAAAAAGAACAAGAACAAGAACAAUGCGAGAACGAGAACGAGAACAAGAAAAAAUAGAAAAGAAAAAAGAAAAAAGAAAAAGAGAAGAGAAAUGGUUGUAAUUGCAUUUACCUUAUUUAAUUCAUCGGGUGCAUUCUUAUACUCUAUACUUUAUGAACCAGUGUUGUUGUUUUUGUUGUUUAUUAUUAUUUUUGUUGAACUUUUUUUUUUCUUUUUCUUUUUCUUUUUAUUUUAUUUUUGUUUUGUUUUGUUUUUUGGUGGGGAAAAAAGAAACGAUUCAGCUAAAUUCAGGUGGGAGAGUUUUAAUAAGUCUAGUAAAUCGAAAAGAUUAAUAUGAUUAUAA